CCUCCCGCCGGAACCCACUGCCCGGGCAGGGUCUGAACCCCCACCGCCUCCAGCUCACGCGCGCAGGGGUGCGUACACGUGGUGACCUGCCUGGGGCCGGGUUCCCGGCUCCGGCUCCUCCUCCCUCCAGCUUUCGUUAGGCUUUCUGCAGUAUCACGUGCAGCCGCGCCGGGUGCAGGAUGGCGGCUGCGGCAGCAGCGGUGGGUGUCAGGCUCCGAGACUGCUGCAGCAGGGGCGCUGUGCUCCUGCUCUUCUUUUCCCUGUCCCCUCGGCCCCCGACCGCCGCCGCCUGGCUGCUGGGCCUGCGGCCCGAGGACACCGCUGGAGGCCGCGUGUCCCUGGAGGGGGGCACACUGCGUGCCGCCGAAGGCACCAGCUUCCUCCUGCGCGUCUACUUCCAGCCCGGGCCCGCGGCGCCCGUGGAGCCGGUGCCCACACCCCCCCUUUCCCCAGGGGAGAACGGCACCGGCGACUGGGCUCCACGGCUCGUGUUUAUCGAGGAGCCUCCGGGCGGGAGCGGCGCGGCGCCCAGCGCUGUUCCCACGCGCCCCCCGGGGUCGCAGCGCUGCCGCGAGCAGAGCGACUGGGCAUCGGACGUGGAGGUCCUGGGGCCCCUGCGCCCCGGAGGCGUGGCGGGCUCAGCUCUAGUCCAGGUGCGGGUGCGGGAACUGCGUAAGGGCGAGGCAGAGCGAGGCGGCACGAGCGGUGGCGGGAAGCUCUUCUCUCUGUGCGCCUGGGACGGGCGCGCCUGGCACCACCACGGCGCCGCCGGCGGCUUCCUGCUGCGCGUACGCCCGCGGCUCUAUGGCCCGGGCGGGGACCUGCUGCCCCCGGCGUGGCUGCGGGCGCUCGGAGCGUUCCUGCUGCUCGCCCUGUCUGCCCUGUUUAGCGGCCUGCGCCUGAGCCUGCUCUCGCUGGACCCGGUGGAGUUACGGGUGCUGCGGAACAGCGGCUCGGCCGCCGAGCAGGAGCAGGCGCGCCGAGUGCAGGCCGUGCGCGGCAGGGGCACCCAUCUGCUCUGCACCCUGCUCCUGGGCCAAGCUGGAGCCAACGCGGCCCUGGCAGGCUGGCUGUGCGCCUCGCUGCCGCCGGGCGUCGGGGACACCGGGGAAGACUACGGCGACGCGGGGACUCACUUCCCCUGGCUGCCGGCGCUCGUGUGCACCGGCGCCGUGUUCCUGGGCGCAGAGAUCUGUCCCUACUCGGUGUGUUCGCGGCACGGGCUGGCCAUCGCCUCCCACAGCGUGUGCCUGACCCGGCUCCUGAUGGCGGCCGCUUUCCCCGUGUGCUACCCGCUGAGCCGCCUGCUGGACUGGGCGCUGCGCCAGGAGAUCAGCACCUUCUACACGCGGGAGAAGCUGCUGGAGACGCUGCGGGCCGCGGAUCCUUACAGCGACCUGGUGAAAGAGGAGCUCAACAUUAUCCAGGGCGCCCUGGAGCUGCGCACCAAGGUGGUGGAAGAGGUGCUGACCCCUCUUGGGGACUGCUUCAUGCUGCGCUCCGACGCUGUGCUGGAUUUCGCCACUGUCUCCGAGAUCCUGCGCAGCGGCUACACUCGCAUCCCCGUGUACGAGGGCGACCAGCGGCACAACAUUGUGGACAUUCUGUUUGUCAAGGACUUGGCCUUCGUGGACCCCGACGACUGCACGCCGCUUCUUACGGUCACCCGCUUCUACAACCGGCCCCUGCACUGCGUUUUCAAUGAUACCCGGCUGGACACGGUGCUGGAGGAGUUUAAGAAGGGAAAGUCUCACCUGGCCAUUGUCCAGCGGGUGAAUAAUGAGGGAGAAGGGGACCCCUUCUAUGAGGUGAUGGGCAUUGUCACACUGGAGGACAUCAUAGAGGAGAUCAUCAAGUCGGAGAUCCUGGAUGAAACUGACCUCUACACCGACAAUCGGAAAAAGCAGAGGGUCCCACACAGGGAGAGGAAGCGGCACGACUUCUCCUUGUUUAAGCUUUCUGACUCGGAGAUGAGGGUGAAGAUCUCUCCACAGCUUCUGCUGGCCACGCACCGCUUCAUGGCCACAGAAGUGGAGCCGUUUAAGUCUCUGUACCUCUCGGAGAAGAUCCUGCUGCGGCUCCUGAAACAUCCCAACGUGAUCCAGGAGCUGAAGUGUGAUGAGAAGAACAAGAAGGCCCCGGAACACUACCUGUACCAGCGCAACCGCCCUGUGGACUACUUUGUGCUACUUCUGCAGGGUAAAGUGGAGGUGGAGGUUGGUAAGGAAGGCCUUCGCUUUGAGAACGGAGCCUUUACCUACUAUGGUGUCCCAGCCAUCAUGACCACUGCUUGCUCAGAUAACGAUGUGCGGAAGGUUGGAAGUCUGGCUGGAUCCUCUGUCCUUCUAAACCGGUCCCCUUCCCGCUGCAGCGGGUUGAACCGCUCCGAGUCUCCGAGCCGUGAGCGCAGCGACUUUGGGGGAAGCAACACCCAGCUGUGCAGUAGCAGCAACAACCUCUACACACCCGACUACUCAGUCCACAUCCUCAGCGACGUGCAGUUUGUGAAGAUCACACGGCAGCAGUACCAGAAUGCGCUCACCGCCUGCCGCAUGGACAGCUCACCUCAGUCCCCCGACGUGGAGGCCUUCACUGACGGAGACUCCACCAAGGCCCCCAUGACCCGGGGCACACCCCAGACCCCCAAGGAUGACCCUGCCGUCACCCUCCUGAGCAACAGGAACAGCCUGCCGUGCAGCCGUUCAGAUGGGCUGAGAAGCCCCAGUGAGGUCAUGUACCUGAGGAUGGAGGAGAUGGCCUUCACCCAGGAGGAGAUGACAGACUUCGAGGGGCAGAGCACGCAGCAACUCUCACUGUCUCCUGCAGCUGUUCCCAUGAGAGCAGCAUCAGAUAGUGAAUGUUGUCAUAUCAACCUGGACACAGAGACCAGCCGCUGCAGCAGCAGCUUUGAGGAAACCAUGGGCCAGAAGUUGCUGAGAACCUUGAGUGGUCAAAAAAGGAAGAGGUCACCAGAUGGAGAGAGAACCUCUGAGGAGAACUCCAACUUAACCCCUCUCAUCACAUGACAGGGCAGUCAGCGUUCGCUGGGUGCGUGAGAUUCCAGAGCUUUGGGGAGAACCCGUCCUCCCAUCAUCUGCUUCUCCCCAAGGCCUCCCACAGGUGACAGAGCGUUCCGCUUUCCUUACCACCUCUUCACCCCUAGCUGUCAGUUUGGCAGAUUUUCCCUCGUUCCUCCAGUUUGACUCAGAGCCUUGCGGUAGCCAUAACGGAAGGAGGUGCCUCAGUGGAACAUGCUAGAAAUGGUUUUAUCCACAGCACAGUCUGGGACUGGAGAAGAAAUGACCCCAGGCUGACAGUGCCACUCGAGGAUCCCUGAUGCCCUUUUUUGUUCUUUGGUGUCCCCUGGCACCAUAUUUCAUACUUAGCUUAGGUCAAAAGGUGCCACUGGCAGACGGGCACAAAGGAGGCUGGAGCAGCAGAUAGGAAGAUUAGUUCAGGAGAUGCACCACGAAUUCCUCCAGAACAUUAGAGCAGCGGGACAGUCACGUUGGCAUGUGAAGUUACAGGACAGAAAACUGUCAGUGACCAGUUUCCUGUUAGAUAAGGGUUCCAGCAGCCUGGGAGGUGUGUCUCAGCUGGAAUGGAAAGAAUGUGAGAUGGAACCUCAAGUCACUGUUAUUUCCCAGGGACACAUCUGUUUUGGCUCCUGAUCAGUACUCAUCAAUCCAACAAUAAAUCUGCUCUGGAAGAGGAGGAGCAAGGAGCAGAGAACCCCAUUUGGGAGCCAGAGAUGGAACUUCAGGUUUUAAGUUCAAAAAAUAUAUAUGUGGAAAGUUUUUAGCCAUGACAAACCAAAGAGUGCCCAGGUCGGCCAAGAAGGAUGCAAGCUCUCAUGGGACUUCAGUGUAUAUUACACUGGAACACUGAAGAAUCACUCUUCUUUUUUCAUCCAUUCCCCCCACCCCCACCCAUUACUCCACUCCAGCAAGUCAGCUGAGCGUACUUUAUUCUAAGAACGUACUGAUCUUAGAUCUCUGGUUUUUCACCUGAUGUUGGGGCAGGUGCAAUUCCAAGCAUCACCACCAGAUGGCAGGAUGACUGCACAGACCUACUUGAAGAACAAACAGCCACACAGCCAGCCUUAGGGAAAAUGUGGAAGUAAGUGAAGGUUGUCUUUGGGACACCUGCCCCCCUUUCUGAUGUAUAUCCCACCCCUAGAUCAGGGAUCCAGUGAUCCAGUGCUACCUGCUGAUCUCCAAACCAUUCCCUAACUUUUCUCUGGGGUAUACUAUUCAGGCUUCCCUUCCCUUCCUCCAAAACCAUUACUCUCACCUCCCCCCACCCAUUCAAUCAAUAAUCACAUGGGGAGCGGGGAGGCUGAUAAUUCCUCUGGGUUAUUUGCAUCUCAAAAGAAAAUACCCAGAGGAACCUUUAACUCAGGGGGUCCUUAACUUGGGGUCGAUUGCUCCAGGGGGUCCAUUGUUGGACUUCAGAGGGUCUAUGAAACCCCUGACUCUGUCAGAAUUUAGUGUCUGCGUUCUUAUGUGUGUUUUCCAGAGGCCUAAAGCUUUCAUACGAUUUUCAAAGGUCUCAGACCCACAAAGUGUUAAAACCCACUAUUUUAACUAGUGGAACUUUCAGCCCAGAGUCUCUGCAGUGCAGAGUGAAGUGAAUACUGGUUAGUUUGAGACAGAUUCUUCUCAAGUGUCCGUCAAAUCGAUAGGGAAAGCUGGCACACGCCACGUGGAAGUCGUCAGAAACCCCUGACACACCCUGUGGUGCUGUACAGCCUACACCUGACAUAACUUGGUCCCCCUCCCCCACCAAACCAGAGCAGGUGUUGCCAACAGGAGGGACACAGCAUGUGGAAGUACACUUUCCAGCUGGAGAUGCCUCUUUCAUCAAUGUAUUAUUGACUUCACAUCCCUUGCCUGGCUCUGCCUGAGGCUCAGCAGUGCAUGACUUCUUGUAGAUAACUCACAGCUACCACCCACCCCCAACACCUGCUCUUGCCUGGUAGAAAUAGGCAAAGUGUCAGCCCUUGGUGCUGGGUGCUCCGACCCAAACCAGUAAACAGUGAGUUUCAAACAAGGACUGCCAUCAUGCAGUCAUCUUGCCCAGCUGGCCACUGGCCCGAGGGGGCCUGCCUGUCUAGUCUUCCUUUCAUUACCCCUUACACCACUGCUGUUGCAUUAAUCCAUCCCUAUGCAAAAUCCCUAAGGAGCCUGUCACCACUCCCCUCCCUAUUCCCCACCCCAACCCAAGAUUUUCUUCAGAUUUAAAAAAAAAAAAGAGGAUUUUAAAAUAAAGCAUUUGUGAAGGCUCAGUAAACUGUCAAUAAUUUUUAAAUAAAAUAAAAAUGCUUUUCCUGGAA